AUGUCUGCACCACCACCCAACCCGCCGCUGCCCGUCACUACCGCGCCGCUGGCCCUCCCCACCGUGCCGCUGGACUCCACCGCCGGCGCCUCCACCGGCCAGACGCCGCCGCCCUCCACCGCGCCGCCCGUCGCCGUCUACUCGCCGGCGGAGAUGACCGGGAUCCUCAACGACCUCGUCACCGCCGUACAGGGCAUAAGUCUCUACCUGGGCGGGCCCUAUGGGCAGCCGCCGCCCUUGCAGCCGGACACCGCGACUGGGCCAGUCGCCCUGCCCUGGUACGCGGCCACCACGGCGCCGAUCGGGCCUCUACACCACCACUGGCCCGGUCAGCCGCCGCCCGCUGUCGCCCCCACACUGGCCGCAGCGGGCGGCUCCGGCGAUCGCCACACCCCCGACGCCUCCCGAGUCCGGGCAGUCGCAGCCCCAGCUGCCGACCCCACCGCCGCCCGCUGCCGCGCCUCAAUGGCCACAGUGGCCGGCCCCGGCCCUCGCGGCGCCCACCACGCCACCCGGGUCCGUGCCGCCGCAGCCGCAGCUGCCGGCCCCGCCACCACCAGCACGGAGCCGGGGUCACCCUUGCAGGGAGGCGUACCGAUCCAGCAAGUGCGCUUCCCGCCGUCGCCGUCCCCAAUACCGGCCUGGCUGACCGGAUCAUCGCCGCCACCCGUCUACACGUCGGCUAGAGACCCGCCGACACCCACUCUGCAGUUCAACGAUCCCUCCGGCUCGGCGGGUCACUCCACGGGCCACGGCCAUACUGACCGGGUGCCCCAAUCCUCGCUGCUUCGCACCUCCGAGCCAGUCGGCCACGGCGCUCCGACUCAGACACCGCCGCGGUUUGCCAAACUGGACUUCGCCACUUAUGAUGGCACGGAGGACCCCCCUCAACUGGCUCAACCAGUGCGAGUAGUUCUUUUGCCGGCAGCGCACCCUCGCCUCGGAGCGUACCUGGCUCGCCUCUUACCACCUCCGCGACGCGGCACAGACCUGGCCCUGGCAUGCCACGCGUCGGGCGUGACGGCACAGCAGCGGGCCAACCUCUUCGUCGGUGGACUUCCGGAUCACAUCCGCGUGGACGUGGAGCUUCGGGGACCCCAAGAUCUCCAGACGGCCAUGUACUACGCCCGCGCGUUCAAGCGCCGCGCGGUGGCCAUCCAGCAGCCCUAUACGCCCGACCACGUCUGCCCGCGACUCUUCUAUCUGGAGGUUGCAGACUACAUUGAGGAGGACGCCGUCACCGCCGACCUGGCCGCCCCAGCUGUCGCGAAGGUGUUUGACGCUGGUUGA